AUGGGCAUAGUCAGGCCCGGGCGGGUACGAUCCCUCUUGCUCGCUUUCCUCGCGACAAUCCUCGUAUGCACCGUUUAUCUCUACUGGACCCCGACCACCGCAUCAUCCACCGUCUCCGUCGUCCCGAGUACCGCGUUCGAAGUCCCGCUCGUCGAACGCCAGAAGGACUUCUGGAAAGUCUUCCAGCCAAUCCUCGAACGCCACAAUCCCAAAUGCCCGUCUCCGGAGAAAAAGGGUGAUGCCGGCGCAAUUCACUUCGACGCGGUCAAGGACAACCCGCGGCCUGAUCUGACAGUGAUGAGCGAGGAGACUCAAAACGCGAUGGAGGAUGCACAUGCGAACUUUAUUGAGGACAUCAAAAAGGCAGGGAAGGAUUUGAAACCUGCCCACACCCCCGGUAAGCGAGGGUUAGUUUCGACUGCCGGCGCCAAGUAUCUGCCGGUGUUUGUCUCGACUCUGCGCAUGCUUCGCCGAGCAGGAUCUACACUACCAGUCGAGGUGUACAUGAAGGACGCGGGCGAGUACGAAAAAGGCAUCUGUAAUGAGGUCCUUCCCAACCUCGACGCGCGAUGCAUGGUGCUCGCCGACGUGGUAGGCAAAAACGUGAUCGAGCACUACCAGCUCAAGAUCUUUGCGGUCCUAUUCUCUUCUUUCGAGGAGAUUGUUUGGAUGGAUGCCGACUGCUUCCCGCUCGGCAAACCCGAAGAGCUUCUCGACUCCGAACCCUUCACGUCGGCGGGCUUGGUCAUCUGGCCUGAUUUUUGGGCUUCGUCCGUGUCUCCCUUAUAUUACAAAAUUUCACGGCAAGGUGCGCCGCCCAUGACAGCCCGCCAGUCGUCCGAGACUGGCAUUUUCCUGGUAUCGAAGAAGACACAUUUCCUUCCUCUUCUGCUAGCUGCCUACUACAAUUUCUAUGGGCCGUCGCAUUACUUUCGCCUGCUGACUCAAGGUGGUCCGGGAGAGGGCGAUAAGGAGACAUUCCUCCACGCUGCCAUGGCCUUAGAUGCCCCCUUCUAUACUGUGAGCGAACGAGUGCAGGCAAUUGGGCAUCAAAACGGAGAAAAACUAUCGGGUUCGGCCAUGGCCCAAACCGAUCCCCGUGAAGACCACGCCCUCACCACACAAGGUAAAUGGCGAGUCAAAGACCAGGCGGUGGCUUCGCCUCCACACAUCUUCUUUAUCCAUGCGAACUAUCCGAAAUUCAACCCCGGAGACAACGUGUUCGGGAUGGGCUGGGAGACCACCCCUACCAUAAAGGAGGAUGGAUCAGAUACCCGGGCAUGGACUGCGCCACCGGAAACCAUUCGCCGGUUUGGAUAUGAUGUGGAGAAGGCCUACUGGGAAGAGAUCAAGUGGGUGACCUGCCACCUUGAAGGCGUCUUCAAGUCGUGGGAGCACAAGGCGGGUCUUUGCAUGAAGGUGGAGGACUAUUGGAAGAAUGUCUUCGCCGAGCCGCAUGACGAUGAUCCCAAGUUUACCCAGAGUGGAUGA